AUGGCCGCUGUCAAGUUUGAGCGAUGGAAGGAAGUCGGUGCCUGCCUAUUUGAUCAGUCCAAUAUGCCGUCAACCCUAACAGGCCGUGCCAUUCUGAGAAAACCUUUGCCACAGCUGCACAUUACCUCCAACCAUACCACGUCGAGCGCAGUGCACGACAAGGCAUUCCUCGGGCCUUUGCGCGACUGGGCAAACUUCUUCCAAGAAGUGAAGCAAUUUGAGAAGAGUCAAGAUUGGUCGCCCAAACUGCUAGGAUGGAGCCUCCGGGUGUUGGACGCGCAAGGCAUCAAGGCGAGAUUCGCGGACUUCAAAUCAGCCGACAUUGCUGAUGCGUAUUCCGGAUAUACCUGUAUCCCCGACGUGGCACUGAUUUCAACCGACCCGGCCAGCAUUAACCAGCUCAAGGCUGUAGGGGAGCUGAAAACUCCCUGGGUGCGGGCGCACAGAUUCGAGCACUACCCGACAGCCGAGCACAAGGCGUUCUUAUUUGCCCAAGUCAUCAAAUACAUGUUCGAGCUUCGAGUGAUGUAUGGCUUCAUGUCAACCUAUGAGAGCACGGUAUUUCUGAGACAAGUGUUCAGAGAUGGGGAGUGGAUCGUAGAGUAUUCGCCAAACGUAAAGGCGACGUUUGAUGGCUCUGGUACGGGGAAUGAGCCGCCAUCGUUGCGGCAAUGCUUCGCAUAUCUGAGCAGCCUAGCGUCUGAGCAGGCAUUCGUUGAUAACCGGACCCGUCGUGCUGACUGGUUCAGAUAUGCAUGA